UUGGUCUAGUUGACUGCUACAAGGAUUUUUGUUGUGUUAAAGUUUAUGUGUAAGCUUAUUUAUUAAGUCUUUUUGUGUUCCUAUGAUACUAGUAUGAAGUCGUGGACCUAACGCAAUAGCUCAGAGUGCUGGAUAUACUGUUUUCGUUGGAUUCAAGGUGAUUUCAACUUCAUAUUUGCCUGUCGCGUUGUUCAUCAGCACAUAGCCAACGUGUUAUCAUGCCUCUGCAACAAAAAAUAAUUUGUUUACCGGUUUUUAUCGCAUGUUUUUAGACAAUAAGACUUUCUAUUGGACAUAUGGAAACAUAUUUUUUGUUUUUGGUACGAUUUACUUUAAAGAAAGAAAUAAUUUUGGUCGACUUUGUGCUCAAGAUUGACGUUAUUGCAUUUGUUUACAAGCUGCUUUGUGUUGUAAGGUCGGAACGAUUGCGUCAGACAAAACAAAAUUCUUGCUACUGUAAUACGGUGGAAUUCUACAUGGUUUAAAGUCAAUAUUGCUUAAAGAAUCGAAGAUAAUUUAGAUAAUGAAGUCUGUAUUUGAAUACCUGAGCACACGUCGUCAGUCAACGGAUGCAAAACUUUCAAGUCAAACUGUCACAGAUCUCAUAAGUCAUAGAGUUCCUCUAACAUGGAAGCCUUCAAAUGUACCAUUGGGAACGAUUGAUAAAGUCUUUGCUUCAAAAUGGCUGGAUGAUAGACGAGUGAUAUGUGGUACCAAGUGCAACCAGCUGGUUGUAAUAGAUGUGGUAACCAAAGAAAGGGUGUUCAUCCCUAUGCUAGAAGGCAGUCCACAUGCAACUCCACAGAUGGUAUCUGCAGGGGUCCAUGAUAUUGCUCUGAAUCAGUCUCAGACAAUGUUAGCAUCCAAUGGAGAAAACCCUAACCACCUUGCUGUGUACAAACUGCCAACAUUUGAUCCUGUUUGUGUCGGAGAGGGACACAGUGACUGGGUAUUUGCCACAGAAUGGAUUGAUGAUAGAUUAUUAGCUACAGGUUCAAGAGAUGGUACCAUAUCUAUUUGGAAUACCUAUGGAGGUGAACCUGCCUAUACAAGCAAUAAACUUGUUGGAACUACGAAUGGUAAAGAGAAGGCAAAGAUUAUGCCAGCAUAUGUGUCACCCAAGACAACACUGACUGGCACAGUAGAGGCUGAUAGAAUAAGAGACCUGGCUUAUAAUAGCAAUACWGGGAAUCUUGCUGCCUUAUCUCCACAUUCACUAGUCCAUGUAUGGGACAUUGCUUCUGGGAAGCAACUCUCUUCAUUUCCACUGCCUUUUUACUAUGAGAAUGUUUGCCUUGCUUUGGAGAAAGACAGGAGCCUCUAUGCCAUAGGGUCUCAAUCACAUGUUUCAUUGGUAGACCUAAGAUCUUAUAAGAUGGUGAAGAACAUUAGAACCUAUGACCCAGGAGCAGGUGUGCGCUCAGUUAGUUUUCAAGAUGUGCUGCUUACUAUUGGUACAGGUCAUGGUUCUGUCGUAUUUUAUGAUUUAGUUGCUAAUGGCUUUCUAGUAACUGACACCAAGGAUGAUCUCACCUUAAAGUCUGGAAAGGGUUGGUUGCGUUUAGAUAACACUCUUUAUGAGUACUUCACAGAAACAGAGGUGGACUGUUUUAGUAAUGCUAUCUAUACCCACUGUUACGACCCCACGGGUACCAAACUAUUUACAGCUGGCGGACCACUUGCUUUGGUAUUAUAUGGGAAUUAUGCUGCUGUAUGGGAAUGAUGGCUGGCCACGUGAGAAAUGAAAUGUGACCAAGUGACUAAAUGUAUCUACGUGAUUGAGAUGAUCAUGUGACUAAUUAUGACCACGUGACUAAUUAUGGCUACGUGGCUAAUUAUGACCACGUGACUAAUUAUGACCACGUGAUGACUAAUUAUGAUCACAUGACUCAUGUAACAAUGUGGCCAUCUUUUGGAAGUCGACUGAAACUAAUUCGUAAAGUCGUGAAGAGUCGUCUUCAAAACAAGGCAAACUCAUGAGGAGCCGCUUUGAGGAAAUACGUACCAGUUUGCGGAGACAAACAGAGAAGUUUGAGCAAUGAAGAUAAUUAUAUCAAGACAGAGAAAAUAAGAGUGAUGCUGAUACAUUAUCACGUGUCAAGAACAUGUCAUACUCAUCCUUCGUUUCUAUGGAAGCAGAGGGGUUAUAGAUUGGAUUAUACAACACCAACCAACAACCUGUUAGAAAAAGCAACUGUUAUCUAGAAAUGAAAGCAGAGAUAGAUGAUUUUAAAAUUGAAACUGCUCUUUUAAAAAGGACAAUGAUUUGAAUUUCAAAGAAAAUCUUUCCAAAACUGAACUUUAGAUAAAUUGUAUAUAGAAUUUUAUUUUGUUCAAAUUUUUCUAAUUUUUAUGCAGUUUUUGAGUAACAUUUCACUCCAGCUAUGUGGUUCAAUAUUUUAAUAUUUUAUAUUUAUUAUAUUUCUUUGCCAUAGGUUUUAUACUGUUAUUUACUUAAGAUGGUACCUGUGUUUUUAAAAGGCUGUUGUUCCAUUUCGUUUGUGUAACAGCUUUAUUAAUACAUCUUGCAAAUUUCUAUAUUUUUAGUUAAUGAUUUUGAAGUUGUAAGAUAAAGAUAUGUUUGUCGCCAGGUUUUGACCACUUUAUAGAUAAGGAAUCAGCACUAUCUACACCUUGAAGGCAAAAAGGUAAAAUAUAUCAACCUGUGAAAACGUUUAACUGUGUGAAAAUUCAAGAGGCUUUUACUUCAAAGUAAUCAAAAAACUCCAGACGGCAUACCAAACAUUUUUGUAAAGUGUCUGAAUAUAAAAUGUACAUGUUUCCCCA